AUGGAACGGCAGCCGCCACCGCCGCUGAUCACAAUGGAGACGAUGCUGCACCAGAUGGCGAGUCACGGCAUGGGCGCGGAGAUGGUGAACCCCGCCAUGGACCUCAUGUACGACCUCCUGCACAGCUUUCUCCCCUGCCCGUCCGUCUCCGCCGCCUCCUCCCUCUCCGCCGACUGCUCGCCCCCCGGAGGCGGCUCCGAGGACCGCCUUAGCGCCCUCCCGGACGCGAUCCUCCGCAACGUCGUCUCGCGCCUCCCCGCCAAGGACGCCGCCCGCACCGCCGUGCUCUCCUCGCGCUGGCGCCCGCUCUGGCGCUCCGCGCCGCUCGCUCUCGUCGACGCCCACCUCCUCCAAUCGGCCGGCGGCGAGGACUCACCCCACCACGCAGGCACCGGCUCCGUCACCGCCGCGGUGUCCCGCGUCCUGGAGGCCCACCGGGGCCCCUUCCGCUGCGUCAACCUCACCCGCAUCUCCAUGGGCGCGCACCGCGCCGAGCUCGCGCUCUGGCUCGACCUCCUCGCCGUCAAGGGCGUCGAGGAGUUCGUCUUCGUUAACCGCCCCUGGCCGCUCGACUUUCCCCUCCCCACCACGAUCUUCAGCCUUGCCUCCGUCAAGCGUCUCUACCUCGGGGCUUGGGGGUUCCCUAACACCUCGGCUCUCCCGCGCGGCAAGGCGUUCCCCCACCUGCUUGAGCUCGGCCUCGGCUGCAUCGCCAUGGAGGACAGGGACCUCAACUUCCUCCUCGCCAGGAGCCCCGUCCUGCAGACCCUUGUGGUCUACGCGAGCCAGAAGUAUGUGAACCUCCGCAUCAUCAGCCGCAGCCUGCGGUGUGUGCAGCUGUGCAUGUGCAUUGUCCAUGACGUCUCCGUGGUGGACGCUCAGCGUCUGGAGCGGCUCUUCCUGUGGGAGGCGACAAGCGAUGAGAAAGUUGGCACCAGGGUCAAGUUCGGCCAUGCGCCCAAGCUGCGAUUUGUGGGAUACUUGAUGCCUGGACUACAUGUUCUUGAAGUUGGUAACACCAUCAUCAAGGCUGAGACCAGGGCAAGCCCAAGAACCAUCGUCCCAAGUGUCAAGACAUUGGCCUUGAAUGUGCAUUUUGGAGUUCGCAGUGAAGCCAAGAUGAUUCCCUGCUUCCUCAGAUGCUUUCCCAACAUAGAGACACUGCAUAUCAAGUCUGAGGAAACUGAUCAACCAGCUGGUAAGCUCAAUCAGAAAUUCUGGAAGGAGACCAGCGGCAUCGAAUGCGUGCAGUCACACAUCAGGGAGAUGGUUUUCCAUGAGUGUCGUGGGGAGCGUAGCGAGCUUGCCUUCCUGAAGUUCAUCCUGGAGAAUGCGCAGGUGCUGCGGGAGGUGGUCAUUUUGUUUGUCAAAGGUAGUCUCUCUUCAGGGGACAAUGCAGCUGCCAAACUGAAUAAGGAUCUAUCAUCUGUGAAAAAGGCCAGUGAAAAUUGUAGACUGGUGAUCUUGGAGAGCAGUAUCUCUCGGGGUGGUACUUGUUGGAGCUGCAAAGUAGCAUCUGAUUUUGAUGUUGCUGACCCUUUUUAUUGCUGCUGCUGAACCCAGCACGAGCUGUAUGUCUCAUGGUCCAAGCUAUCUUUGUCUGCAAGUAUUGUGUUCUGUUCCAAGUAACUGCUUUCAGACUGUUGGCAUGUAUUUUUUCUGAAGAUAGUGCAGGUUCCUAGUAGUAGCACAUGUAGCAUGAGAAGCUUAGUGUUGAAGUUUCGCAGGACUGAGACUAUUUUGAUG